AUGGAAGCUGUAGGUGCUGCUGCCAGCGUUGCCCAGUUUGCCCUGCUGGCCCUCAAGUGCGUCAAAGAGGCCCAUGAAGCUCUGUCAUCAUUUAAAGAUAGCCCAGAUAUUCUGAGACUGCUUUCCAACGACUUCCUACGCGUACACGACAUCUUAGAACGACUUCAUCAGUCAACAUAUACAUCAGCCGAUUCAGCCCUAGAUGCACAUAUUCAACAAAGUAUACAAGAUAUCUGCUCAAGAGCAGUGUCACUUGUGAGCUUGCAAGCCACGCCUGGAGACAAUCGUGGCAAACGUUUCUCGAAGCAACUCAAAUCAGUUGUGAGCGAGAGUGAUGUGAAACGUAUAAGAGAUGAGCUGGGUCAACUUGUCAUCAUUCUCAACUUAAGACUAUCUGGGUUAUCAUGGAACAUAGCUUCUGAAGUCAAGGACAAUACGAAACAUAUUCAGCAGCACAUUCAAACGCUGGAUACUACACUGCAGUCUCAACAUCAAUUACAAAGGGCAAACCUCCAGGCUUUUGAGAGAAAUCUAUUAACCACAUACAACGAUAAUCAAUCCAAUUUCCAAGACCAGCUGUCAUCCAUUGAACACAAAAUUGAAUCGAAAGCCUCCAUCUCCACACAAGAAUCGGCCAGCUUCUUCUUGCUACUAAACGAGCUUAAAAGUCUUGUUAUCUCAGAAGGCAAAGCGUCCAGAGAAGCAUCAGCCAGUAGCAACAUUAACAGGGAAGACACCACAAACCAGUCUCCAAACCAGCCUGUUUUGGAGAGCAUCGAGCGUCUCUGCACCUUAAUCGACAAAAAGCGUGAAACUGUCGAUGUCUAUGCCGAAGAUGAUGAUCUCGCAGAAUCAGCCAUAGAAGACCUGCGCAGCAUGUUGACUGCCGUUCGAAGUGGGAAACACCUCAAGUUGGAGAAAGAGUUGGACAAGGGACUACGUCGAUUUGGCCGAUCUUUUGGACAGAACAAAAUAUCCAUCAACGCCCAAAGUAAUGAGAACUGUCGAAUUGUCGGCCGAGUCCUAGACCAAGAGAGAGGUCACGAAGAGGUCGAUAUUGGAAUAGGGAAAUAUUCAAUGAGACAGCCAGAGAUGUGCAAAUUCUUGAUUGAGCAGGGACUAGACGUUGAUCAUGUAGCGUUUCAGUGGCCAUCAUCAACAAGGCUCACGAAUUGCUUGAAAAUGGACCAUGUGCGUGAAGAUUCGCAAAUCUCCAAAUCGGAUCUCAGGUCCCUCAACGCCUGCCGCAGGCUACUUCUGACGGCUGGAGCUGACCCAACUUACGAAGUGACAUGGCAAAGCUUUCUCGAAUCUAUCGCCACUUCUUCGAAUGAUAUAGAGACUCAUUCAUUGGUAUGGCAAUCUGGACUUAUCGCUCCAUAUGCGUCCUUUCUGGACUGGCGCAACUACCACGGCCUGUCACCAUUCCAAAAAGCCUGUACAGUUCAGAACAUUGACAAAAAGAUUCUCGAGCUCCACGUAGAAAUGGGCGCCGUCAUCAACGACCGGGCACCUGGUGGAGAAUCGUGCCUUCAUUUGGUAUUGGAAUUCGUCAGCUCUACCUUCGUUUGCUUGGAACGUCUUUUAUUCCUUCUCCAGAGAGGGGCAGACCCUCAUGCAAAAGACAACCAAGGGAGAUCAGUUUCGGAUGUUGCAUAUAACCAGCUGGGUCUCAGAGAUGAGAUAGAGGGUAGUUACGGAGACAUUUGGGAUGCAGCGUUGCAUAUUUCUGGUUGGAACAUCGUCUUGUUUCGUCGCCAAAAUCGACGCCGUAAACCAAGGUAUAACUUGUUUUAUACGCGGGAAGAUUUCGAGAAACUAUGGAAAGGACGUGAAAAUGAAUGUCCUUACUGGGACGACAUACCGUGGCCGCCUUUGGAACCUGGAGAAGAAGAUAGCGACCCCGAUAGCGACUUCGGUCGUGAUGACAUAUCAUGUUUUGGUGUCUCAGACUAUGGUACAUCAGAAGAGGAAUAUGGGUUAGAAGAAGAUAGUAGGAUACAGGACGCUUGGUCUGAUUCCGAGGAUGAAGACGGUGGUGCUCUAUUAUGA